AUGACAAAUACGGACCACAAGAUACAAAGGUGCGGAAGCGAUGAUUAUGCCUGGUGCGGCGGCGCGGCGCGGCAGGCUGGUCUCGUAUCAACUUGCCGAGCAGUUCGAGGAGUGAGAGGCGCAGUGGGCGCGGCGGCACACGAGCCUCGCCUUCCGCGCCCAGCACCUCCAGCUCGACCGCCUCCGAGCGCGCGCACAUCCGCGCCGCUACCGCCGCGCCAUGUCGCGCGCCGCUCCGCGCGGCCACCCCGCCGGCUCAGACCGAGCGAGAUACACCGACGCGCCACGCGACUCGUCACGAGUUUUCACACGCGCGUCUCAACUCGCAGCGGAACCGAUACUCCUGUGCGGUCUACACUAGCGCCCUCACAGCGGCGCGCGCAUUAUAUGCUCGUAGACGGUGUUGCCCUAAGCGAUUCAAUGUUAACAGCUAAAGAAAUGUACAUAUUU